UGUUUGUCAUCAAUGAACAUAUGUAAAAGUGUAGUGCAAAGAAGUUAGCCAAACCUUAGCUUUAGUUUGCUUCGUUUUGUGUGAAUGUAGUUUGUAGUGUUACCCCUUCACACCGAAAAUUAUGAUGGGAUUCCCGACCCGACUUUAAAUGUGUAUUAUACUCGAAGAUAUAAUACUGUUUUCAAAAAAUGACAUGUUUCAAAGUCUUAUCGUACGGCAGAUGUUGGUCCAAUUGAAAAACCAAUAACCUAACCGGAAUCCUGAGGUCAUGCGCCACAUACUGGAAUUUUGUUUUACUAAAAUCCGUCGAGUUAAAAAUUAAUUAUUUCUCAUUCGACAUACAAGAAUGUCAAAUUUUUCUACCUUAUCACAUCAGCGUCCGCUCGUUGGUCAAUCUUAGGUCAAAUGUGCAUCAAGAAGUCUUGAAACCCAUGAAAUACAAGUUAUUGUGAAGCAUUUCCAAAAAGUAUUGACAUUCUAUCCAACAAUGUCGUCCUCCGAUGAAGUAAUUACAGUGCAACGGACAGCGUCUACGUCAUCAUUAAGCCUACAUGUGACACCAUCUGUUAAACAUCGAAUCGGCCAACUAAUUUUGUAUUUCGUCAAAAUAUUUUUUCCGUCCAUGGUUUUCGUUAAGUUUUUUGUGUCGGCUAUAAUACCACCGAUAGCCGACAACAUCAUCCCACUCUAUUUCACCGGAAACAUUCCCAACGAAUCGUCACUGGCAGUGGCGUCUCAAUUUACAUUUAUCAGUAUUAUAUUGGAAGUGAUUCAGGAAGGUGUAGGUAACAGUCUCUUUCAUUUUGUUGGCAAUCACUAUCGAAACAACAAAGAAUUGGCAUUGGUAGCAUUUAAACUUUCGCUGUUGAUUCUACUUGUUGGUGGAAUUUUACUCACAAUCGCAAUGUUGAUAUUUACUCCACAAUUCGUUAAUUUAAUCAACACUCCAGAAUCGAUAAUUGAGGACACAAAACACUUUUUGUAUACCAGCUCAUUCAGUUUCACUCCCAUUCUUCUACGAACUGCCUUCACGAACUACCUUCUAAUUUCAACCAGUACGUAUCUAGUCGUUACGCAGGUGUUAACCGUGCUGAUCGCUUUUUUCGUUAAUUUUUUCAUGUUUGGCGAACAGUCGUUUUCGUUGAAGUGGGGAGUUCACGAGUUAGGAUAUUACAAAAUUGUGCAAAGCUUUUUGGCCAUGACCGUCAGUUUUGUAUUUGUCUUAGUGGUCGAGAAAAUGGGACCGGUGUCAUUCCUUUUCAAAAUUCCUUUUUUCCAAAACUUGAAGACCAAUUUCAAAGCCUUCUUCAGGGUGUCAUGGGGAAAUUUUGCUGACUCCAUGGUGCGAAAUUUUUUCUACUUUGUCGUCACCUUAAAUUUUCUAAACAAUUUAGGGGCCGAUGAAGCAGCGGCCUGGUCUGUUCUCAAUACCAUUAUUUGGGGUAUAAUCUUAGUACCGGGAAAUGUUGUUGCCAAUUAUGUUAAAGUAGAAAUUGGUCUCGACAGCGUAAAGUCAAAGAUUAAAAGAAUUGCCAAAGAAAGCACAAUUUCUCUUGCAGCGUGGAUUGUGUUGAUGACAAUACUAACAGCGACCUUAUGGCCACUGUUAGCUUCAUUCUUUAGUAAAGCAAAUCAAAAUGUGGCAAAAUUGUCCUUAACUAUGCUGUAUAAUGUUGGAUGGAUUUUCAUAAUCUUUGCAAUCAAUAACACCAUAGACAGCUUCUUCCUAGGAACUGGAAAAACGGAGUACGUUUUUUAUCAGAGCUUUCUGACCAAUAUGAUCGUCUACUUUGUGCCAUGGAUUCUGUAUUUGGCUGGUAUUUUGACACCGUCAUAUUGGUGGGUUUUGGGUCUUUUUAUCGCUGGAAUGUUGGUUGAUUUUUGUUUAACGUGCUACUUUUGUGUAAUUGUUUGGAGAGGCAUGCCCACGCACGAAAUGAUUUAGAUUAAGAAUUUGAUUAAGAAUUUAACCUUUUAUAGCACCCGCAAAAUUAUAUCUGCUUUCAUUUUAUAUUGAAUCUUGUGAACAAAUUGUAUUAAAUAAAACUAAGUAGCACAUAAUAG